AUGGCUGCAAGCGGCCGAGGGCUCAGCAGGGCCUUGGCCGCCUCCCGCUGCCCUGCCUGGAGGAGCUGUCACUCGGGAACCAGGAGGCAUGUGAAGCCGGAAUACGACGCGGUGGUGAUAGGAGCAGGACACAAUGGGCUGGUGGCUGCAGCCUACCUUCAGAAACUGGGGGUGAACACAGCGGUCUUCGAGAGACGCCACGUGGUGGGGGGUGCUGCUGUCACUGAGGAGAUCAUCCCAGGGUUUAAGUUCUCCCGAGCGUCCUACCUCCUUAGCCUGCUGAGGCCGCAGAUUUACACCGACCUGGAGCUGAAGAAACAUGGGCUGCGGCUUCAUCUUCGAAACCCCUACUCCUUCACCCCCAUGCUGGAAGAAGGCUCAAGGAGCAAGGCGCCCAGGUCCCUUCUGCUGGGCACAAGCAUGGCAGAAAACCAGAAGCAGAUUGCCCAGUUCUCUCGGAAGGAUGCCCAGGCCUUCCCCAAAUACGAGGCAUUCAUGAGCCGCUUGGCAUUGGCCAUUGACCCUCUGCUGGACACCGCUCCUGUGGACCUGGAGGCCUUUCAGCGGGGCUCUUUGUUGCAGAGGCUCAAGUCGCUGUCCACCCUCCAGCCCCUGCUGCAGGCAGGCCGCAUCCUAGGGGCCCAGCUGCCGCAGUAUUACCAGGUCCUCACGGCUCCGAUUACCAAGGUGCUGGAUCAGUGGUUUGAGUCGGAACCUCUGAAAGCCACCCUGGCCACGGACGCCGUCAUCGGCGCCAUGACCAGCCCCCACACGCCGGGCAGCGGGUAUGUGCUGCUCCAUCACGUGAUGGGCAGCCUGGAGGGGGUGCACGGGGCCUGGGGCUAUGUCCAAGGAGGCAUGGGUGCCCUCUCUGACGCCAUCGCCAGCUCAGCCACUGCGCAUGGAGCAAGCAUCUUCACUGAGAAGCCAGUGGCCAAGGUACAGGUGAGCAGUGGAGGGUCUGUCCAAGGAGUGUUGCUACAGGAUGGCACAGAGGUGAGGAGCAAAGUGGUGCUGUCCAACGCAUCGCCGCAGAUCACCUUCCUGAAGCUGGCCCCACAGGAGUGGCUUCCUGAGGAUUUUGUGGGGAGAAUCUCUCAACUGGACACCUCGUCACCUGUCACCAAGAUCAACGUGGCUGUUGACCGGCUGCCCAGUUUCCUGGCGGCCCCCAACACUCCUGGCGGCCAGCCGCUGCCCCAUCACCAGUGCUCCAUCCACCUGAACUGCGAAGACACCCUCCUGCUCCACGAGGCCUUUGAGGACGCCAUGGGCGGCCUGCCUUCCCGCAGGCCCAUGAUCGAGCUUUGCAUCCCUUCUGCGCUGGACCCCACCCUGGCUCCCGCUGGCUGCCACGUCCUCUCCCUCUUCACUCAGUACACUCCCUACUCACUGGCCGGAGGCAAGAUCUGGACCGAGCAGGAGAAAAAUGCUUAUGCAGACAAAGUGUUUGCCUGUGUGGAGGCCUACGCCCCCGGCUUCAAGGGCUCUGUGGUGGGCAGGGACGUCCUCACGCCACCUGAUCUGGAGAGAAUCUUUGGGCUCCCCGGUGGGAACAUAUUCCACGGUGCCAUGGCCCUGAGCCAGCUCUACUUCGCCCGCCCCGUGCCCCUGCACUCCAACUACCGCUGCCCUCUCCGCGGCCUGUAUCUCUGCGGGAGUGGGGCGCAUCCCAGAGGAGGUGUCAUGGGCGCGGCCGGACGCAAUGCAGCCCACGUGGCCUUCAGGGACCUCAAGAGCAUGUGACCCGGAGCCAACUGUCCCAGGAAGAAGAAUCCUUGGGCUCUGUCCUCUCCCCAGGCAGCUUCUCGGGAUGUGAAGCCGCCAAGAGGUCUUCCCCAUCCAAGCUCGUCUUACACUAAAUAAAAUGA